CAACUUCAAGACUGGAUUUCUAAGAAAUCACAACUUUUAAGAGCUCAACCAGGUUUAAAACGUUUGAAUAAAGCAAGGCGAAAAAAUCAACAAGCAGUUUCAAGAAGCAUGGUUCAAAUGAAAGCUAAAUUACUUUCACAACAAUAUGAGUGGCAACUUGUAUAUUCUGACAUUCUGUCAUUUGCUUUUAGCAAUAAAUGGUUGGAUAGUCUAAUGUGUUGCAACAAUUUGAGUAAUCAUUGUCAUACCACUAUAUCACAAUAUUUACCAGAUCAUUUUAUUGAACAACAACAAUUAUUUUUAGUAUUUGUUAUGUAUAGACGUAUUCAGCAUGAUUACUCUCUUGCAUUGAUUGGUAAUAUGGAUAAAAUGCUAAUUAUAAAUGAAAGUGAGAUGCUAUACUGGAUUAAGAAUGUUUGGACUAAAUGUGCAAGACUUCCAAAUGCACGAUCAUUAUUGGUUUUAGAUUCAUUUUCAGCACAUAUUACAGAUCCUGUAAAAAAAUGCUUUUAUGAAAAAAACACUAAUAUUGCUAUUAUUCCCAGAGGAUUAAUAUCUCGCUUACAGCCUUUGGAUAUGCGACAACUUUAUAAUGAAUGGAUGAUUGAUUCUAUAAAAGAACUAACACCUACUGGUAAAAUUAAAAGGCCUUCUUACGAAACUGUAUGCUGUGGUAUUUCAAAUAAACGUGAUGGAUCUGAAGAUGAAUUAAUAUUUAAUUACGAUUGUUUAAACCACCAAACAAGUCAAUCUGAUAAUGAGAUAGAAGAAGAAAGUGACGAAGAUCAAGAAAGUGAUGAGGAUCAAAAAAGUGACGAAGAUCAAGAAAGUGUCGGAAAGAAAAUUGGGACUCUGCGAAAAGAAGAGACUACUUUUAAGGCAGUAACUGAAACAAGGGCGAAAGCUCUUGUGGCAAAGAAACGGAAGAUGGAAACUCUGAAAACGACGAAAGAUGAAACGAAAAGAGCUAAAAUACACGACACUAGAUCUAGAAGCAAAAAUAAAGAAAAUGUUGACCCGAAUUCUUCAAUCAGUCAGGAGGGCCCAAAAAACUUGGCAAAUGACCCAAAAGAUGUUCGAGCGGCAUCAGAAGGAGUAGCGAUGGAAGAAGUGGAAGUUACAGAAAGUACCUUAUGUAAAAAUACAACAAACGAAGAGGUACAUAACAAGAAUAAUGAACUAACAGAUACAGUAACCCGAAGUGGUCAAGCAAAAGGGCAAACUAUAGUCGAAAUACCACUUGAAAAUCAUAUAGAAGACAUAAGGAUGAGUUGUUCACUAGAAGAAGAAAAGGAAUUCACUGAGGUCAUCUACAAAAAAAAAAGAGUGAAAGCUCCAUCAACAAUAGACACUAAGAAUAAUAGGUCAAGUCCAUAUGAAAAAGAGCGGAAUUAUGGGAGCCAUAGUUCCUCAAAAAACUGA